UCACCCUCCAGGCAAUCCGCGGAGUCGGAUUAAAUGCCUUUUUCUUCGAUACGCUGUCUUCUCUUCUCCACCAAUAACCGGAGCGCUGCAGCUGGGAUAGAAUUUCAGUCCACUUAGUUAUCUCCGGCAAAGCCCCUCAUUAUUCCGAGAGAAAUUUGAUAAAUGUCUAAGGAAAGUGAGUUGAGGCCAAUGGACGCUGAACAGCUCAGAGAGCAAGCUCAUAAGAUGGUGGAUUUCAUUGCUGAUUACUAUAAAACAAUCGAAAAUCUCCCCGUGCUCAGCCAAGUUGAGCCGGGGUAUCUACGGAUGCUUCUACCAGAUUCUGCACCCAAUUAUCCGGAAUCACUACAAGGCAUUUUGAGUGAUGUUCAGGAAAAGAUACUGCCAGGGGUGACGCAUUGGCAAAGCCCAAAUUAUUUUGCAUAUUUUCCUUCAAACAGUAGCAUAGCUGGAUUUCUGGGAGAAAUGCUCAGUGCUGGUCUGAACAUUGUGGGUUUCAGCUGGAUAACUUCUCCUGCAGCAACUGAACUCGAAAUGAUUGUUCUUGACUGGCUUGCUAAAGCAUUUCAGCUUCCUACUCAUUUCUAUUCCACUGGACAAGGUGGUGGAGUUAUACAGGGAACAGCAAGUGAAGCUGUACUAGUUGUCUUGUUGGCUGCUCGUGACAAGAUAUUGCGGAGGGCUGGAAAGAGUGCCCUCCCUAAGCUUGUGAUGUAUGCAUCUGAUCAAACACACUCUUGUUUACUCAAAGCCUGUCAGAUAGGAGGACUCAAUCCAGAGCUCUGCAGGUUGCUUAGAACUGAUCCUUCCACAAAUUAUGCUCUUUCUCCUGAUGUACUUUGUGAAGCAAUUUCAAAUGACAUUGCCAGCGGUUUGAUCCCCUUUUUCUUAUGUGCUACUGUUGGUACCACUUCGUCAACCGCUGUCGAUCCUCUGCCUGCUUUGGGAAAGAUUGCAAAGAGCAAUGGAAUCUGGUUUCAUGUGGACGCUGCUUAUGCUGGAAGUGCUUGUGUGUGUCCAGAAUAUCGCCAUUAUAUUGACGGUGUUGAAGAAGCCGACUCGUUCAACAUGAAUGCUCAUAAAUGGUUUUUAACUAACUUUGACUGUUCACUGCUCUGGGUUCAGGAUAGGAGUGCUCUGAUUCAGUCACUAUCUACAAAUCCCGAAUUUCUGAAAAACAAAGCCUCUCAAGAAAACUUGGUCAUUGAUUACAAAGAUUGGCAAAUUCCUCUCGGACGUCGCUUUAGAUCCUUAAAACUCUGGAUGGUGUUGCGCCUGUAUGGUUUGGAAGGUCUGCGAAGUCACAUAAGAAGCCACAUUGAUUUGGCUGCUCAUUUUGAGAAACUUGUUUGUCAAGACCCAAGAUUUGAGGUUGUUACACCCCGGACUUUCUCUUUGGUUUGUUUUCGGUUCUUGCCUCUGCCAAAUUCUGAAGAUGAUGGCAAUAAGCUAAAUCGGGAUCUAUUAGACUCUGUAAAUUCAACUGGGAAAAUUUUCAUAACACACACGGUUUUGUCAGGAAAGUUCGUUCUACGUUUCGCAGUUGGAGCACCGUUGACUGAAGCAAAGCACGUGACUGCUGCAUGGCAGAUUUUGCAAGACAAAGCCUCUUCUCUGCUUGGGAGCUCGUAGGACGAAUUCAAGAUGCUCUCACUCUCGCCAUCGUACGUCGACCUCGCAUGGUUAUGUACUUCACAUCAUUGCAUGGAUUACUAUUGUCUUAUUUAUAAUUAAAAUUUUAAAAAUCGCUUUGAAUUAGCAUUUUUCACAAUGCAAGUUAACAAUGAAAUGGAAAUUCAUUCGCCCA